AUGUUGGGGCUAUGGAAGUGGUACCAGAGAUGUCUGACCGUCCACCCGGUGAAGACCCAGAUCGUCAGCUCCGGGAUCCUCUGGGGCUUGGGAGAUGUCGCGGCGCAGAGGGUCACCCAUUCCACGCUGAGAAAGCUGUCCGAUGACUCAGUGACGGCGGUAUGUCGCGCUAUCAUCGUCGUGCUAUCUAUCAUCUGCCUUUGUUGUCUUUAUUGUUGGGAAAAUCCCUUUUUCUGGUUCUGGCCGUUGCGUGGAUUUGGGGGAUUCCUGCUGCGAAUGCUCGCAUUUGUACUAAGCAAUGGAUAUUUUUCUGUUAAGUCUUCCCCCCCGGGGAUUUGCUGGUUUUCUCUCGUUUCUUGAAGAUCGAUGAAUGAAAUUUGUGGCUUCCGGGGAAAUCUUUUGCUUCUACUCGUGACUGGACACCUAUUUUAUUUUAUCGCGGUGAGUUUUUUUUUUCAUUCUUUUGAAUUCGGCGAGGACGUUGAUAGAUUCGUUUGUUUCUGCUCUCGAACGUGGGAGAUUACGGGAAGCACUCAGAGAAAAUUUGCUCGAACUAUUUAAAAAAGAUAUAGAAAUGCGGAGAAGGAACGUGAAUGAAAUGUGUGGUCAGUGGUCUUUAUCAAUUGUGUCAAUUCCUCUGGUCGCUAGUGUGAGAAACGCAUUACGCGUACCUUUUCCUCUGGCUAUGCCUUGACGAAGACAAAAAACGUAAAGUUUUUUUUAUUUGAAAUAAUUUUACGAGGUAUCAGAGAAAGUCGGUAGUUGCACUGUUGCCGCUAUUGUGGAUAUGCGGUCUAUUUAAGGCUUUAAAUCACAUCCUUUUGGUUGCAGUUCACCUCAAGAUAAUGUGCUUGUGAGCUGGGAAUGACUUCUGAAGUAGAAUCUCUUGGUGGGAGCUCCGUUUUUUUUGCUUCGGAGAAAAUCUUAUCCUACAUUGUUAUCAGUGGAAACUCUCUAUGUCAUUAGUUUCUUAGUAGCUCCAUCAUUCAGAAUGGCCACGGAUAGGAAGUAGUGACUUUAACUUGUGGUAUUGUGUUAGGUGUUUUGACACAGUUUUUUAGAAUUCAUGUGGUUCCUUUGUGUUAUAGUAUUGAACAUUUUAACACAGAAAAAUAGUAUUUCCCGUUGCUGUUUUUGGAAGGUAUGGCUACUUUGCCAUCGGAUAUUUGAGUGACAUUUAAGUUGGAAAGUAUUUUAGGCGAAUAUCCAUCAUUCUGGUGAUUGGCCAGUCCUUGCCUGAUUGGUUGAAUCAGACUGGACUUUAACAAGCCCAGAUUCAUCGGGCAACACAAUUAUAUAUGGGUAAAGUAAAGAAUCUAAGAUGAAAUCAUGUUUGCCUGCUAGUUUGGGACCACAGUGGGAUCAGUGUAGAUCAGGAGCUUUCGUGAACAAGUUCGCCGUUUUAAGGCCCUUAGAUCUUUUCAAGUGAGUACUAUUUUUUGCAUCUCGUUUUUGCGCUUGUUUGUGGCCACAAUGUUGACAAAGGCACCUUUCUAUGCACUGCUUUGCAAUUUUGUAACGUCAUUAGAUCGAAUGUCAGAAACUUUUAUACUUGUAGACUGAUGCACUACGCACUAUGGUGUUCAAAUGCUUGCUGACGAUCCAACUUCUGAGAUUUUAGUGAAUGAGUUAGUGCGUAACGGAUGCCUUUGGAAUAAAUACUCAUCAUAUUCAGAUCCCGAAUCAAAAUCCUGACGAAGCAAAUCUUAAAAAAGGUCGGCUGUUUUUUUUAAUGAAUUGUUUUCAAUAAGAUUCAUACAUGGGAUUGGUUUCUGUUUCCUGGAUGGCCUGUACCUGGGGCCUGGACUUCUGGACCAUGCAUUUGACCCUAAAAAUUCUAAAUCUACUCAAACAUCCCUGAUCAUCUGGCUGGGGAUUCUCUUGCUUCAUGUCACAAUUAUUUUCAACGAUUACUGUCUAUCUUUAUCAUUAUGCAGCUUUCUCAUCUCAACCUCCCCUCCCCAGCCCCCCACAACACGCAUACACAGAGAGGAAAGGAAAGUGAAAAACAGAAACAGGCUCUAUUCAUGCAGGAUAUAUAAAAGAAUGUGUUAGCUCUCUUCUUUGGGGGUUUCAAAUGGAUACACUAUCUUUCUCCACAUUGAUGAUCAGGAAUACCACUUUCAUAAUCCAAUUCAUCUGGUUUCUGAUUAGGAAAACUUUUGAUCGUCAGUCGUCUUUGAUAAUAUUUAGUACAGUAGCCCCGUGUCCGUUUUGUCUCAGGAUCCGUUUAUCUGAUUUAGAAUCACGCUUUUUCUGUAUGAGCAUAUAUGAGUAUAAGUGUAAAUACACGUAUAUGUCCAUAGAUAACUGUAUAACCUGGCCUUGUCUGCUGAUGAUUUUAAAAUCGCGCUGUUUACAAUUUUCUAUGUCUGAGAUUCAUUGUGGAUGUCCUUGUUUCCUGUAUUGUAGUCCACCCUCUCUUACAAUUUUCCCUCUAAAUAAAUGUAAUUAAUUCUGUCACUUUGCCCAUCAACUUUGUGGUAGCAGCUGUGUUUUUUUCCUUGGGUUUUUUAUCAUGGAAUUUAUCUAACUUAGUAAGAAGAUGUCAGACUAUUAGGAGAUCUCUCUGUAUUGAUAAUUCAUCUUAUUUUCUCCUGUUUAUCAUGUUCGAAGCCUAAUAUGCCUAGUUCCUUCAUAAAUUCUGCCGAUUCGUCUAUUCGUUUUGUUUCAAUAAUGUCAUCGUGAACAACGUGAUAUGGGGGUUUCUUAUGUAAAAAAUAAUCUGGAUAUGAAUGCAUGGAACUUUUGAGUCUGGCAAAACCACGUCAAUGGCGUAAAAAAUAUACGACUAAAUGAAAAUCACGCGGUAGAGUGGGGGUGGUCUCGAGCAUCAAAUGCCACUCUUGCUAAUCUAUUUUUUUUCGAUUUUGUUUCUUAUUAGGAUAUUGAUAGAGACUUCAAGAUCAGUUGGAGAAGGGUGGCUAUAUCAAGCAUGUUUGGGUUUGCAUUUGUCGGACCAGUGGGACAUCACUGGUUAGUGUUCUCUCAUACUGGAAAUAUGUUUUUCUUAGAAUAUUCCCCUUGCUUGUUCUGUGGGUCACCUGGAUAAUGUGCUUCUCAUUUAUUCUCUUGAGGUUGAACACUCGGUUCAUCUGAUCAUCUGUGCAUGUAGAGUGCAAAAAACGGACAAGUAUGGAAAAAAGAGGAAAAAACUAGCGGGCGGAUGCUUAUAUGUCCAAGUUAAGUAAAAUUUUAAGAAAACCUAGAAUUGAUAAAUUAUUAUAUAUGAUUGUUUUUUUGGUGAAUGCGUGUGGGAACAGGUGGGAGGUCGGCUCAUAAGUGUGACUUUUUUGUAUGGAUUUUAGUCAGCAAUGUUCCCGAAUUAUCUUAAUCAGCAAUUAUCUUGAUCAGUUCACAGAUAAAUCUUUUUUUUUUUUUUUGGUUAAUUUGAAGGCAUCACAUGUUUAUUGAUGUUAUCCUAUGCGUAUACAUUCUUGCUUUAUAUAUUGACAAAAGCAAACUGGAAGGAACCCCACACUGUUUUUCCUUCGUGUGAUAUUAGAAACUGGGAGUUGAUUAUUUCUCUGAUCCGUUCAGGUACGAGUACUUGGAUCGAUUCAUUAGGGGACGACUACAGCUGAAACCCAAGUCAAUGAAAUUUGUGGCGACAAAAGUUGCAGCGGACGGACUCAUUUUUGGACCAUUGGAUCUUCUGGUUUACUUCUCAUACAUUGGGUUGGCCUCGGGAAAGAGCAUACCUCAAGUCAAAGAAGACGUGAAGAGGGAUUUCCUGCCGGGCUUUGCAGUCGGUGGCGGGGUGUGGCCGUUGAUCCAGGUUGCGAAUUUCAGAUUUGUCCCUGUCAGAUACCAGCUUCUGUACGUCAACGUCUUCUGCCUGCUGGAUAGCUCCUUCUUGUCUUGGCUCGAGCAGCAGGGAGAUGCUUCUUGGAAGCAGUGGUUCACAUCGUUUCUGGGCUUGGAGGAUCACAAGGGUCAGGGUUGA